CCCGCUUCAGCAUCGCCAGCCGACCAUGUCCGACAUCCAGUACCUCGAGAGUCUCCUUGGCACCCACCCUGACUUCCCGAAGAAGGGCAUCGUAUUCCUCGACGUGUUCCCCAUCCUGCGCGACCCGGUCGCCUUCGAGACCCUCAUCACCCACUUCCUGCACCACCUGACGGCCGUCACGCUCCCGGCCCUGCGCGAGUCGACCGGCAACCCCAAGGCCAAGAUCGACACGAUUGUCGGCCUCGACGCGCGCGGGUUCCUGUUCGGCCCCGUCCUCGCGCUCCGCCUCGGCGCCGCGUUCGUCCCCGUCCGCAAGGUCGGCAAGCUCCCCGGCCAGUGCUUCCAGGCGCAGUACGAGAAGGAGUACGGUGUCGACACGUUCGAGAUGCAGGAGGACGCCAUCUCGGAAGGCCAGAACGUCGUCGUCGUCGACGACCUCAUCGCGACCGGCGGCUCGGCGCUCGCGGCGCAGCAGCUCAUCGAGAAGGCCAAGGGCAAGGUCGUCCAGAACCUCUUCGUCGUCGACAUCGAGUUCCUCAAGGGCGCACAAAAGCUCUCGGCGCCGUCGCACUCGCUCAUCAAGGCCGACUGAGCGCGCUCGUGCCCCCCUUUCCCUUCUCCUCUUUGCGCCGAACCUUAGACGGCGCCGUGUACUUUCUCUCUCUCUUUGGGCACGCUGUAUUGCGAGGAAUGCGCUCUCGCC